UUAAGGUUUUCGGUCCUCUUGUUCGUGUGCUUCGACUUGUUGAUAAUGAAAAAAAAAUCAGCUAUGAGAUAUAUUUAUGAAGCCAUGGAUAGGGCUAAAGAAGCCAUUGUCAACUCGCUCAAUGGCAAUGAAGAGAAAUACAAUAGUAUUUUUGAGAUUAUUGAUGCGAGAUGGUCACUUCAAUUGCAUCGUCCUUUGCAUACUGCUGGAUACUUUUUGAAUCCUGAAUUUUUUUAUCCAAAUAAGAUGAGAAUUGAAUCUGAUGAAGAGGUCAAUAUAGGAUCACUUUCGUGCAUUCAUAAAAUGGGAAAAAAUUCAGCAAAAGUUGACAUGAUUUUUGAUGAAAUUGAGAGAUACAAGGCAGCUGCAGGGACCUUUGGUUUUCCUUCUGCUAUUAGAGGAAGAACAACCAAAUCUCCAGCUGCUUGGUGGAAAACAUAUGGUUUUUUAACUCCAAACCUACAAAAGUUUGCUGUAAAAGUUCUGAGUCUCACAUGUAAUGCAAGGGGUUGUGAAAGAAAUUGGAGUGUAUUUGAGCAUGUAAAAAAAGGCAAUGGGGAUGAUGAUGAUGAUGAUUCUCUUAUUUUCAUGGAUGACGUGUUGACCUGGGGUGAUGUUGGUAGAGCAGUUGGAGUUUUUGAAUCUCGUUAUGAAUCGAGAUCGGCUGUAAGAUCAACACUAGUUGAAACUCCAUCAUUUCGAAGGCCUCGUUCAAUGAGAGGUGCAUCCUCUUCGCAAGUUGAUGAUGAUGAAGAGGAGGAAGAAUUUUUGAUGGCCGCUGUUGAAAAUGAAGAUGAUUUUGGAAAUCUUGAUGACGAGUAG